UUACAGAAUAAAGCGAAAAAGACUGGAAGCUACGAAUGAGGGUUGAAAUACGGCUUACUCAUUUCGGCUGUUUGCCAGAUUAUAUAGGAAUGAAAAACGCUGAAAUUGAUGCGAAAAUCGUGACUAUUUUUCGCCAAAGAUAUAUGAUUUAACGGAGAGGAAAACUCUUUUGAAACACUUGUCAAAAGUGCACGCAAUCCCGUUGCAGUGGGGUGGCUGGUGCUGUCCAGUGCAGUGUCCUUCGAUCAGCCUACUAGUCAACCUUAACAAGUUUCACGAUCAAAUGGAGAAUUCUGACAUGUAACGUGCUAAAAUCGAACCUGGGGAAUCUCCUACGAGGCCAGGAAUCGCGUGGAUUCAACGCCUACGGAAAUUCGUCAAUAUUCGUUAGAGUCGCUCAAGAUAACAGCAGCUGCUAGUAUUAUUGUUCUCACAGCAGCUUCAACUCCAAAUAACACCGCUGUCGAGAUGUUUACCACGUGACAUCGGUUGUAACAUCGUAUCAGAAAAGUUUAGACGCCAUACAUAAGUUCGACGUACAGUUUAAAGAAACAAAAACCAGAACAAAAGGCCUUUAGAGUAAAAAUUAUUUAUACACUGAGCUAAAUGCUUUUCCCCAUACAAGUGGAAGAUAUUCUGCGUAAAAAUUUGUCUAAUCUAUCUAAAUUUCUCAGAAUUCAUACUAAAUUCACAAAGCAAUAGUUUUAUGAAUCGAAUAAAGUGUUAUAUAGAUUAAUAUUGCAUAGGAAUAUUAAAAGAAAUAUAUAUAUAUAUAUAUAUAUUUGUACAUAUAUAUACAUCUAUGUAUGCCAGAAUUAUAUAUAUAUAUAUAUUUACAACUAUAUACAUACAUAACAAUUAAAUUAAAAAAUGAGUAAUCAAGGCGAGCAGACAGAGGGAAAAUGGAACUGCGAGUACUGUACAUAUGAAAAUUGGCCAUCGUCUUUGAAGUGCACGAUGUGUAGAGGAGCAAAACCUCUCUUGGGGGAAGAUAUUUAUCGUUUACGUGAUCCGAGUCCUCAGCGAUCAAGUUCUAACGCAGCAUCUGGCCCAGUACCUCAAAUAAGUCAAUCGAUUGAUUCCUGCAAUCUAAGUCCUCAAAAUUAUAGCCAAAACUUGCCUUCGGGAGGUAAAUGGGCCUGUGACUUAUGCACCUACCUCAAUUAUCAAAAUACUAAUCGCUGCUCGCAGUGUGGACACAAGAAACCACUUAAUCACACACAAACCAUACACUCUACUGCAUCUAAUUUACACGAACAACUAGCACCACUAAGGCUAGGAGAUCCCCCACCUAAUUCUGGUUCAAAUCUUCAAAUAAAUUCUCCUUUAAUUAGUUUACACCCUGAAAAGUACUCUACUGCCCAGCUUAACACACCACUGUGUAAUAUGCAACCAGAAAAAUGGUCGUGUCCUUCUUGUACCUAUGAAAAUUGGCCAAAAGCCACAAAAUGCAUAAUGUGCGCUUAUCAAAAAGAAAGAGAAAGAAAAGAUAGAUCAAUUACAAACUUGGGGCUUAUCUUACCAAGCCCGGACAGAGAUCAAUGUCAGAAGGGCCUGCCGUCACCGCCUCAUACUCCAUACAUCCAUAAAAACCAACGAGAUGAAAAUCUAGCGAUGGCUAAAAGAAGUUCGAACAGAUUUGACAGAAACGACAGUCUGCCGGCCCCGCAGUCACCAAACAACUGUGAAUAUGAACGUAGAUUAAAACAGCUAAGGCGCCACACAGAUUGGUGUUGGCUGAAUGCAUGCCUUGGAAUAGUUGAAGGCGACAAUGCACCUGUCGAAGCUUAUUUGGCAAGUGGCGGAGACCCUACUCGUCAAUUAACGCAUUCCGAAGUCUUGCUCUUGAACCGAAGUAGCGCUUUUGACGUUGGCCAUACUCUAGUUCAUCUUGCUAUUCGAUUCCAGCGAGAGGAUAUUCUAGCUAUACUGUUAUCGCAAAUUGAGGGAUCUGGAUCUGGGGUGAAAAGAGUACCUAGUUAUGUGGCACCAGAUUUAGCAGCACAAGUACGACGGCACGUAACCAAUAGUAUCCGGCUACGGAAAGGUUCAUUUCCAUGUUGUUUCGUUACCGAUAUGGCUACGUUUUCCCUACCUGCAGAGUUUCAUCAAUUGAAGGUUGAAGAUCUACCGAGUAACGUUCAGGAGCAAAUGCUGGAGGAAUUAUUAGACAGAGAGGCUCAACAACAGCUGGAAGGGGGAGGUGGAGAACCACCAGCCUUAAAUUGGUCGCUAGAAGUAACGGAAAGACUCGGGAGUAGAUUACAUGCUCUUUGGAAUAGAUCCGCUGGGGAUUGCUUAUUGGACUCUGUAAUGCAGGCAACGUGGGGUGUCUUUGAUCGGGACAAUGCCUUACGUCGAGCAUUAGCUGAUUCUCUACAACAAGGCGGACAAUUUUUUUAUCCACGGUGGAGAGAAUAUGAAGCUUCGCAAGCUUCACGAAUGCUAGAUUUCACUCUGGAGGAAACUCAAUGGCAAGAAGACUGGGAAAGUUUGCUUGCAACUGCGGCUCAACCUGGCAGCGCUCUUGAGCAAUUACACGUCUUUACUUUAGCUCACAUAUUGCGGAGACCAAUAAUAGUUUAUGGCGUCAAAUACGUCAAAAGUUUUCGGGGUGAAGAUAUAGGAUACGCGAGAUUCGAGGGCGUUUAUUUACCAUUGUUAUGGGAACCAUCAUUCUGCAUCAGGUCACCCAUUGCCCUGGGUUAUACACGUGGACAUUUUACGGCUCUAGUGCCUAUAGAGCCUUACCCUUCGUCUAGAAUUCCACCUCUAGCAUCUCACACAGGUGUCGGAGUGGGUGGGGUGGGUGCAAUGCCUCCGAUGCAAAUGCAAACAACUUUCAUGCCAUUGAUGGAUCGUGAUCGAAAGCUCCUCCCAAUCCACUUUUUGAGUCCAGAAGAAAUUGGACGAGAAGAGACUAUUUUAAAACAGUGGCUCGACGUAUGUACAACGGAGGGUGGUAUCCUGGUAGCUCAACAAAAACUUCAUAAAAGGCCCUUACUCGUCGCGCAAAUGCUUGAAGAAUGGCUCAACCAUUAUCGAAGACUUGCACAGAUGAACAAUGCUCCAUUUUCUCGACCAGCAACUCUGCAAGACUACAGCAGUGACGGAGAUACGGAAGAUGAAUAAUAAUAAGCUCAGAUUAAUUAAUAAAGGAAAAAAAUAAUAAUAAUCAAAUCUUGGAACUUGGUUAAACAAAAUUCUGUUCGUUAUCAUCGAACAAAAUAGAACUGUACUAAAAAGGUCUGCAUAGGUGCAGCGAUAUAGGAUUACCACCGAAUCACUGUGCCUAGAGUCCUAGACUACGUAAUAUUAAUCGUGUACGGUGCGAGUACGAAGUUCAAAACUUCAAAUAUUAAUUACUGUCUCAUUGAAGGAAAAAAAAAUUAUAUAUAUUUGAAUCCUUAUUGAUUCGAAGUAGUAGUUAUAUUUAAUAAUUACGAAUGAUUAUUAUGUCUCAUUAAUUUAUUAAUUUAUUCAAAACCGGCGCACGCGUAAAACGUUACGACGUUUGUUUAUUUUUUAUUUCUUAUUUUGGUUUAUUUUAGUAUAGAAAGAUUUGCGUAAUAAAUUAAAUAAAUGAUAUACUAUUGAUGGGUGAAGACGA